CCAUGGCCGUACCUGUUGCCGUCCUCGACUGCGACCUCUUGCUCUACGGCCGCGGGCACAGGACUUUGGAUCGCUUCAAGCUGGAGGAUGUCACGGAUGAGUACCUCGUGUCCACGUACGGCUUUCCCCGGCAGUUCAUCUACUACCUGGUGGAGCUCCUGGGAUCCAGCCUCUCUCGCCCUACGCAGCGCUCCAGGGCCAUCAGCCCAGAGACUCAGAUCCUCGCCGCCCUGGGGUUCUACACCUCGGGCUCCUUCCAGACUCGCAUGGGGGAUGCCAUCGGCAUCAGCCAGGCCUCCAUGAGCCGCUGCGUCUCCAACGUCACCGAGGCGCUGGUGGAAAGAGCCUCGCAGUUCAUUCACUUUCCCGAGGACGAGGCUGCCGUGCAGAGCCUGAAGGAUGAUUUUUACGGGCUGGCAGGCAUGCCGGGAGUGCUGGGGGUGGUCGACUGCACCCACGUGGCAAUCAAAGCGCCGAACGCGGAGGACCUGUCCUACGUGAACCGAAAAGGGCUCCAUUCCCUGAACUGCCUGAUGGUGUGCGACGCCAGGGGGGUCCUCCUGAGCGCGGAAACGCACUGGCCGGGCAGCCUGCCCGACUGCGCCGUCUUACAGCAGGCAGCCCUGACCAGCCAGUUUGAAACUGAGCUGCAUAAAGACGGCUGGCUACUCGGUGACAGCUCCUUCCUGCUCCGGCCGUGGCUGCUGACCCCUCUGCACAUCCCUGAGACACCUGCUGAGUACCGUUACAACAUGGCCCACUCUGCCACGCACCACGUCAUGGAGCGCACCCUCAGGACCCUCCGGGCGCGCUUCCGCUGCCUGGAUGGCUCCAGAGGCACCCUGCAGUACUCCCCAGAGAAAUCCAGCCACAUCAUUCUGGCCUGCUGCGUGCUCCAUAACAUCUCCCUGGAGCACGGGCUGGAUGUGUGGUCCUCACCAGCUACGGGACACGUGGAACAGCCAGAAGAAGAGUAUGAGCAGAUGGAAUCCGUGGACUCUGAAGCCUGUCGUAUUCGUCAGGAGCUUUUACUGACUCAUUUUAGUUAG